UGUACCCAAAUUUGAUAUCAAAAUAAUAAGAAUAAAACGCUGUUGAAGCGUGUAGGAACGUGUUUGGGCUUUGGGCAAUUAAAGUGUUUCGCAAUAUUUUAUGUUAACACAAAGGAUUCAGAUUAAGCAGAUUUUUUACUAUGCCUACGACUAGGAAGAAAGUAAUCAAAACUGUUUAUAAAGAUGACGAUGAAAGUGAUGAUAUGGGAGGCGACUUUAGCGAUUCCGGUUCGGAGGCCAAAAUUUCAUCGGCUCCUAGUUCUGAUGACAGUAUUAACGAGGAAGAAAAUUGUCCAUCGUCGGACGACGAAGUUCACAAAAAGCCACAAAAAGUCUUGAAGGCUAAUCGAAAAAAGAAUCCCCAAUUUGCCAAAGCUUUUAUCAGUAAAAUAAACAAACAAGUCAGUGCCGAAGAUGAAGAUGAACCAUUGCCUGUUCCUACUAUUACAAUUAAAGAUUUAACAGAAGCUGAUAAGUUAUUACCAUCAGUACUUAAUCUUUCAGAAAGUGACAGCAGUGAUGAUGAAUGUGCUAAGCCAACAAUUAAAAAGAAAUUUCAUACAGAAACAUUACCAUAUACAAAUCCAGAAAAUGAUGACAAUAAUGCUGGGAUUGAAUAUAAAGAUGUAUGGUCUGUUAAUGAAAAAGAUGAAAGUGAAGAAAUUGCCAAGAAAACAUUUUUAGAAUUAGAACAGCAUAAAGCUAAAGUUGAAGAAGCUAAAAUGUCAGUUUUAAAGUAUUCAUCACACAACCAGAAUGAAAAUGAAUCAGAUGUUAAAGAUUUACUGGCACUAGGAGAAGAUAUAGAACAUGAUGUAGGGACAAUCACCAAAAUGAAAAAGAAGAAAGUACAUGACCAAAGUGAUUCAGAGGUGGAAGAUUGGGAAGAAGUAAAGGAGAGCAAAUCAAUACCCCAACAAGGGUUACAGCUAAUUGUAGAUAUACCAGAUUCAAUAUCAAGAAGAACUAAAAAGAUUGAUGUUGAAAACAUGAUGAGAAGAAAAAUGAAUAGAGUAAAAAAAGAGUGUCAAGUAUACAUGCAUAAAGUUCAUGUUCUAUGUUGGCUGGGCUAUGGAAAUUACAUUAGCACUGUGUUAAAUGAUCAGGAAGUUAUGUCUACAGCUUUAUCACUAUUGCAAAAUCCAAACUCCAAGGACUGCUAUCCCGGACAAAGAGUUGACAUGAAAUAUGUAGAACAAAUAACCUCUUGGUAUCAAAAGACAUUAACAUUAAAAAAAGAUAAACAUGAAGGUAAAUUUAGGCCAAAGGCACCAAAACUAAAGGAAAUACUAAUUCAACAAAUAAGAAAUAAGAUUCUUACAUCAAAAAAAUAUCUUGUUUAUGUGUUUGUUUCUAUGUUGAGAGCGAUAGGUCUUCAUUGCAGGGUGAUGCUAAAUUUUGUAACAGUACCAAUAAAGCCUCCAGCUUCUGAGCUACAUUCGAUUUCAACAAAGAGUACAGAUAAAAGUAAAAGUGACAAAAAAGAAGCAAGUAAAGAUAAAAACAUAAAAAAAUCUAAUUCCAUAAAGACAAACACUAAAAAGAAAAUUCCACAGUUAGAUGGAAAUUAUGAUUACAGUACGGAUAGCGAUAGUGAUAUCAGCAACAUUAUGCAAAUAGAUGGCAAUGAUGAUAAAUCACCACGUAUCACAAGGUCAACAAGAAGUAACACAAUAAAAGUAAACCAAAAUAAACAAGUGGCAAAAAGCAGUGAGAUUAUUUCCAAUAAAAUCUUGCAGUUUGAUGGCAACAAUGAUGAAAUAUGUCCUAAAACACACUCUAGAAAAGCUGUAUCAAAAAAUAUUCCCAAAGAGUCGGAAGGUGCAUCACCACCGAAGAGGGCUAAACAAACCGAAGGUAAUGAUUCAAAACCAGUCGCAGCUAAGAGUAAAUUAUCGCUCAAUCGACAAAGAGGCAAGAAAAUCAAAUCUGGUAAUAACUUGGAGGUGCCAGAAAUUGAAGAAGCUACUGAAGAAAAUAAAGAAAUCACAGCAAGUAAGUUUUUUGUUGGAGAUGAAAAUCCUAAGAAAAGAUCAACGAGAAAACGAUCUGCAACCACUAAUUCAGGCACAUCUAAUGACAUGGUAGUACAGGAAGUUCCUAAAAAGACAACACAAGGGAAAGUUAGAGCAAAAAGUACACCUGUAAGAAAUGUUAAUACAAAAUCAAAUGAAGAAUUAUCAGAGUCUGCAAGCAAAAAACCCAAGAGUUCUUCUUCAAAAGAGCAGGAAAAUAAGAAAUAUCCUUUGAAACCGAAAGAUACGACUGAUAAUAAUUCUGAUGAAGAUGAUUCAAUGCAAGAUACUCAAAAAUCGGAUAGUGAUGAUGACUUCAAAAUUAAGAAAGGAAUUGGAUCAUAUUCAAGAAGUGCUAAGAAACCCAAUAGUGCAAAACUGAAAGGAAAACUUUCCACUCAAGAUAUUACUAAAGACGAUCAAAAUAAACAAGACCAAAAAGAAAAAACAAACAGUGCAGUUAUUACAGCUAAAACUAGAUCAGCAAGAGCUGCUAGAAAUACUAAAAUUGUACCAAAAAUCGAAGUUUCCACUGAAGAAAAUAUAGAAGUAAUGGCAAGUGAGUUUUUUACUGGUGAAAAAACAUGCACAAAUGUUAAUAAAACUAAAUUAUCAAGGAAAAGAUCAACAACCACUAAUUUAGAAACAAAUCAGGCAUUAAAGACAGAUGUAAUAGAAAAAAAUGCAAAAACAAGAUCAAAAAGUAAUCCAUCGAGAAAUGCCAAUACAAGUAAAUAUUUCAAAGAUGUGUCGCCUACGAAAAAAGCUAAAAAAAAUGAAAAUGAUUUAGAAGAUGAACAGAGAGUUAGUCACAAAGAUCUUUUAAAACAAAAAACUAAGGCUAAAAAUGAUGUAACAUCAGACUUAGUGGACAUCAUUAAAAAUAGAGUGAAAGAAGCAAAAGCCGAGUCAAAGAAGAACAAAGUAAAAGGAAUAACUAAUAAUUCAGAUGAAGAUAGUGAUCAUUUACCAGAAGAGGACAUCAAACCUCGUGUGGAGGUCAGUGAUGAUGACUUUAAGCCUGUCAAGGUAGGACCUAAGCCGAGCACAUCUCGCAGGAUAGACCGCAGAGUCUUGUCGGAUGAUGAUGAAGUUCUUCCCGACAGGAUUGAUGUGUGGUGUGAAGUGUUUGUGGAGGAACUAGAAGAGUGGGUGGCUGUAGAUGUUACUAGAAAUAAAGUGCAUUGUGCAAAAGAAAUUUAUUCAAAGGCUACACAUCCAGUGGCCUACGUUGUUGGCUGGGACAACAAUAAUUAUUUAAAAGAUCUAACAAGGAAAUAUGUACCACAUUGGAACACAGUCACUCGUAAGCAACGGGCAGAAGUGUCCUGGUGGAACACAGCUGUGGCCCCGUGGCUCGGACCUAAGAAUGCACGGGACAAGGAAGAAGAUGAACGUCUAGAUAGAAUGCAGCUAGAGGCACCAUUACCGACAAGUAUUACUGAGUACAAAAACCAUCCUCUGUACGCUCUGAAGCGACACCUACUGAAGUUCGAGGCGCUGUACCCCGAGGAUGCUGCGACGCUGGGCUUCGUGCGCGGCGAGGCGGUGUAUGCGCGGGAGUGUGUACACAUCUGCAGGUCACGAGACAUCUGGCUCAAGGAGGCUAAAGUUGUCCGACUCGGAGAAAAGCCUUAUAAAGUGGUUAAAGCCAGACCAAAGUGGGAUAGAUUAUCUAAUAAAUUAAUCACAGACAAGCCACUUGAACUUUUUGGUCCAUGGCAAGUAACUGAUUACGAACCACCAGUAGCUGAAAAUGGUAUUGUUCCGAGGAAUGCAUAUGGAAAUGUUGAACUGUUCAAAGAAUGUAUGAUUCCUAAAGGAACUGUACACAUUAAAUUGCCCGGUUUGAAUAGAGUGGCCAAGAAACUGAACAUAGACUGCGCUCCAGCACUGACUGGUUUCGACUUCAAUGGAGGGUGGUCUCAUCCGGUCUAUGAUGGAUUUGUGGUUUGUAAGGAAUAUGAAGAGAUUUUAACUGAAGCGUGGGUCAAGGAUCAAGAAGAACUAGAAAGAAAGGAGCGAGAGAAAAUAGAUGCAAGAGUUUACGGUAACUGGAGGAGGCUUAUAAAAGGUUUAUUCAUACGAGAAAGACUUAAGCACAAGUAUGGCUUCGAUGGUCCCUCACCUGGCACAUCACAGGACAAGAAAAAACCAAAAGGGCCACGUCUUGUUGUUAAAAAGAAAAAAUAAGUGAAUUGAAGGAAAAUUUAUAAUUUGAGUAUGGUACAAAUU